AUGCUUUUCAAGUCACUAGUAAGACAUUGUGCAACGAUAUACCAACGACGGUUUAAUCAUCGUUCUCAUCCCCGGAUUUUAAUCACGGGUGGGUGUGGACAAUUGGGAGUUCCGUUGGCUAAACGAUUGCGAGAACUGUAUGGAAGAGAAAGUGUAGUUCUUUCGGAUAUUGUUCGACCGUCUGAUGAGCUUCUUGAACAAGGUAUAUAUCGUUAUGCGGAUGUAUUGGAUCUCAAACAAGUUCAAGAACUUCUAGUUAAUAAUCAGAUUGAUUGGCUUAUUCAUCUCAGUGCACUAUUGAGUGCUGUUGGUGAAAGAGAUGUUCCAUUGGCGAUGAAAUUAAAUAUCGAAGGUACUCACAAUAUACUAGAAUUGGCACGUAAAUACAAAUGUCGAUUAUUUAUUCCAAGUACCAUCGGUGCUUUCGGACCUGAUUCACCACGCAAUCCAACUCCGGAUUUUUGUAUUCAGCGUCCUCGAACUAUCUAUGGCGUGUCGAAAGUUCACGCGGAAUUACUGGGCGAAUAUUUUCAUCAUCGAUAUGGUGUUGACUUUCGAUGUCUACGUUUUCCGGGUAUUAUCUCUGCUGAUACAAAACCAGGCGGUGGCACCACAGAUUACGCGAUUGAAAUCUUCCACGAAGCGCUCAAAACUGGUUCGUACAAAUGUUAUCUUCGAGGUGAUACACGUUUGCCUAUGAUGUGGAUCGACGAUUGCAUUCAGUCGAUCGUCAGUAUCAUGGAAACACCGAGUAAUCAAUUGAAACAACGAACAUACAAUGUAUCAGCCAUGAGUUUUACACCAGAUGAAUUAGCGAAGGCGAUACAAAAGUAUAAGCCGAAAUUUCGCAUUUCUUCCGAGCCGGACGACCGGCAGAAGAUUGCUGAUUCAUGGCCUGAAGUAUUCGAUGAUCAUAAUGCUCGGGAACAUUGGAAUUGGAAUCCGAAAGUUGAUCUCGAUGGACUCGUUCAACGCAUGUUCGCAUAUUUAGAAAAACAAUAA